AUGUCGCUGGUGACGACACUCGCUGCUGGAGUCACCAUUGGCCACGACGCCAAGAUCCCCUUCGUUUUCUUCUGUUCGCACGAGGGAAACCCUCUUGUUCGUGAACGACGUUGCUCGUUCGUCGUCGUGACGGUGCCGCUGCCACCAAAUCAGGGUCGUCGCCCUCCGUCGAGUUCUCCCCACCACUAUCACAUUGCCGGCACCAUCGAGCCAGCUGCACCAAGCUCUCUCUUCUUCCUUUGUUGCUCUGCUGUGGAUACAGCAGAUCGAAUUCUGAAGGAAAGGGGAACGGAUGUGAUAAAACUUGAAGGAGGGUCUCCUUCCAAAAUUGUUGCAGCGAAGGCUAAUGUUGAGGCUGGAAUUGCUGUGAUAGGCCCUAUGGGUUUUACUCCUCAGGCCAUUAGCGUUUUAGGCGGGUUUAAACCUAAGGAAGAAAUGUUUUCCAUGCUGUCAAGGUCUCUCCCCCAUCUAUUUGGGAAUUGA